CCAUUCCUUGACUCAAUCACUAGAUCCCAUCCUCCGUCCAUCCCUCCUUCUCUCCAUCCACCCCUCCGUCCGUGCGCCUGUCCUUUCAUCAUGCAGUGGUUGUCUGUCUGCAGCCUGUUGGUGCUGUUGAGUGUGUCCGCCCGGUCUCAGGCUCAGAACCAGAUCUGUACCAUCUUCACUGAGGCCAAGGAAGAUGGAUUCAAAUCUUUGAUCCUUGUAGGGCUGUCUCAGAAUCUUCCCGAUAGUACGUUGGGUGACUUGGUGCCUCUCAUCGCGGAGGCCUUAGCCAUGGGCGUCAAAUGCUGCUCAGACGCUCCUCCAGAGGACUGCGAAAGAGAUGUGGCGGACCUGUUCCAGAGCGCGGUGUGUUCCUCUGAGACCCUGGUAGAGAAGAACCAUCUGAAGAUGUGCUGUGAGAAGACUGUCGCUGAGAGGACACACUGCUUCGUGGACCACAAGGCCAAGAUUCCUCGGGACCUGUCCAUCAAAGCUGAGCUGCCCGCUGCAGACCAAUGUGAAGACUUCAAGAAGGACCACAAGGCUUUUGUUGGGAGGUUCAUCUUCAAGUUCUCCAAGAGCCACCCGAUGCUCCCCCCACAUGUGAUCCUGGCUAUCGCCAAAGGUUAUGGAGAGGUUCUGACUACCUGUUGUGGAGAGGCUGAGGCCCAGACCUGCUUCGACACCAAGAAAGCUACUUUCCAACACGCCGUCUCGAAACGCGUGGCUGAACUCAAGUCCCUGUGCAUCGUCCACAAGAAAUACGGAGAACGCGUUGUCAAGGCCAAGAAGCUGAUCCAGUACAGUCAGAAGAUGCCUCAGGCCUCUUUCCAGGAGAUGGGAGGCAUGGUAGACAAGAUCGUAGCGACUGUUGCCCCCUGCUGCAGCGGAGACAUGGUCACAUGCAUGAAGGAGAGGAAGGCCCUGGUGGAUGAGGUGUGUGCUGAUGAGAGUGUGUUGUCUCGCGCGGCGGGUCUGUCUACAUGCUGUAAGGAGGAUGCAGUCCACAGGGGGUCAUGUGUUGAGGCCAUGAAGCCAGACGCUAAGCCAGACGGUCUGUCUGAGCACUACGACGUUCACGCUGACAUAGCAGCAGUCUGCCAGACCUUUACCAAGACCCCGGAUGUAGCCAUGGGGAAGUUGGUCUAUGAGAUCUCAGUGCGUCACCCUGAGUCGUCUCAACAGGUGAUCCUGAGGUUUGCCAAGGUGGCUGAGCAGGCCUUGCUCCAGUGCUGCGACAAGGAGGACCACGCAGACUGUGUCAAAACCUCUCUGGCAGGCAGUGAGGUUGAUCAGAAGAUCACUGAUGAGAUUGACUACUUCAAGAAGAUGUGUGCUGUUGAGAAUGCCAUGAGCGAUGACAGCUUUGAGAAGAGUAUGAUGGUGUACUACACCAGGAUAAUGCCCCAGGCCUCCUUCGAGCAGCUCCACAUGGUGUCAGAGACAGUGCAUGAUGUCCUCCAUGCCUGCUGCAAGGACGAGCCGGGCCACUUCGUCCUGCCGUGCGCAGAGGAGAAGCUGACCGACGCCAUCGACGCGACAUGUGACGACUACGACCCCUCCAGCAUUAACCCCCGCAUCGCCCACUGCUGUAACCAGUCCUAUUCCACGAGGAGACCCUGCAUCCUGGCCAUCCAGCCUGACACAGAGUUCAUGCCCCCGAAGCUGGAGGCCAGCAGCUUCCACAUGGGCCCCGAGCUCUGCACCAAGGACAGCAAGGAGCUGCUGCUCUCUGGGAAGAAACUACUGUAUGGUGUGGUCAGACAUAAGACCACCAUCACUGAGGAUCAUCUGAAGACCAUCUCUACUAAAUAUCACAGCAUGAAGGAGAAGUGCUGUGCUGCUGAGGACCAAGCAGCAUGCUUCACUGAGGAGGCACCCAAGCUGGUUUCUGAGAGUGCAGAGCUGGUCAAGGUUUAAGACAGAAGUUUGAUGAUUUUAAUUUCAAAAGAUGAACUGAUGAUUUAAAAAAAUAAAAAAAGAAGGUUCUGUCUGUAUCGAUCCAUCUACCUCCCCAGCCUACAUUUACACCACGGUGACCUCAUCCUCCUACCCGCAACGCCUUGUCAUCCACUCAUACGUCUGUCCUAUCAGUGAUCUGUGAUUGACUCAUAUGCCUUACAGCCUGUCCUCAUCAAACCUCUAUCUGGGAUGAAUCACACCACUGGUUAAUUACUGAGAGACAUGAAUGACUCCUGUCAAUCAAAUACAUGAAUAACUGAAUAAAGUCCUGUCUAUCAACUGCA